CGACCCUGUGGUAUACUUUGGAUAAUAAUGUGCUAAGCCUGGAACAGAGAAAAUUUUAUGAAGAAAAUGGAUUUCUUGUUAUUAAAAAUCUAGUAUCUGCUGCUGAUAUUCAACGCUUUAGGGUUGAAUUUGAAAAGAUCUGCAGACAGGAGUCGAAACCAGUAGGACUGAUGAUAAUGAGAGAUGUGUCCAUUGCGAAAUCAGAAUAUAGUCCAAGUGAGAAAAUAAUCUCGAAGAUCCAAGAUUUUCAGGAAGAUAAGGAGCUCUUUAGAUUCUGCACUCUCCCAGAGAUUCUGAAGUAUGUGGAGUGCUUCACUGGACCCAAUAUCAUGGCGAUGCAUACAAUGCUGAUAAACAAACCUCCAGAUACUGGCAAGAAGACUUCCCGGCACCCGUUGCACCAGGAUCUGCACUAUUUCCCCUUCAGGCCCAGCAAUCGCAUUGUGUGUGCUUGGACCGCCAUGGAGCACAUUGACCAGAACAACGGCUGUCUGGCUGUCCUCCCAGGCACCCACAAACUUCCCCUGAUGCCGCAUGACUACCCCCAGUGGGAGGGUGGAGUUAACAGCAUGUACCAUGGGAUCCAGGACUAUGACAAAGACCAUGCCCGAGUGCACCUUGUGAUGGAGAAGGGAGACACCGUUUUCUUUCACCCUUUGCUCAUCCAUGGAUCUGGUCGGAACCAAACUCAAGGAUUCCGGAAAGCAAUUUCCUGCCAUUUCGCCAGCGCUGAUUGCCACUACAUUGACGUGAAGGGCACCGUUCAAGAAAAUAUCGAGAAAGAAGUUUUGGGAAUAGCAGACAGAUUGUAUGGAACUGAAAGUGGCUUAAACUUUAAGGAUAUUUGGAUGUUUCGAGGCCGACUUGUGAAAGGAGAAAGAAUCACCCUUUGAAACAGUCCUUGAUUAUAACUCUUUCAAAAGGAGAUCAAAGAAACAAGGAGUCUAAGGAAUAUGUUUUCAUAUGGGAUGAUGUAAUGUUUUCUAUCACUUGGUAUCAAAAUCAAGACACAUGCAUUGGGAACUUCAUUUUGCAGAGUUAAUGUUGCAGUGCAGUGAUGUUACUUUAGUGGAAGUAAGAACAGUAAAAUGAAAUAUAACUGUUUUCAGAAAGACUGGUUUGGGGUUACAAUCAAUAAAUGUGGCAUAUGA